AUGAAAAUUCUUAAUGACGAAGAAAGAGACUCUCACUGGCAAACAGUGCUCAUAGAGGGUCUCAAAGGAACAGUGGUCGGGGCAGGGUUAGCAGGCCUCAUGGUUGCAGGUGUGAAAAGAAGAUAUCCUGUUCCUUACAAGAAUUUUAAUGCAUCCAUCAAGGCCGCUAUGUGGGCAAUGCCAACAAUCAGUAUGGCAGCUUUUUACGCCGACGAUGGCUCCGUGAAGUUCGAUGAACAAACUCACAGAUCGGACUACCUUGAAAAGGUUGAGAAAGAACGUCUCGAGCGUUGGGAGACCUUAUCCACGGGCGACAAGAUUUUCACAAAAGUGAACGAUAACAAGUAUAAAAUAAUCGUUGGUGCAUGGGCAGCAUCUUUGUGGGGGUCCUGGGCAAUCGUCAACAAGGACAAGUAUAUGACCACAGCUCAAAAAGCCGUUCAGGCAAGAGUAUACGCCCAGGCAAUCACUGUGGUUUUGUUGUUGGGUACUCUUCUUUUAAGCAUGCAUGAGAAAAAGCUCGCCGAUUCGCUCCCCGCUCCUGUGCCCGAGUGGAAGAGAUACCUAGACGAGCAAGAGAGUGAAAAGCAGGCUAUUCAGCAACAUGCAAAGGCACAAGCGGAAGUGCCGAAGCAAUAA